AUAAUAGCAUGGAGUGUAGUAACCUGCAAUUCGAGCGACGAUUCAAUUAAAAUGACAAUGUUUUCAGCAAUGGGAAUAUUCCAAGUUUACCUGGCAUUGGCCUACGACAUCCCCAUGAAUACAAUGGCCAUAGAGAUGCAAUGGCUGCAUGGAGGAGAAUUCGGCAUUGACUGUUGGAUGUGUUCCAAGGAUUCAAAUUGCUCGGACGUGGAGCCUCUAAGCCUUGUUAGUCCGCUGAAGAUCUUCUCAGAUGAUCAAAACGAGAGAGCAGCGGCCGAAUUGUGGUUAACGCUCGGACUAUCGUCUCUUUCCACGUUCAUAGACCUGAUCUCUGUAACAAACCCGUAUUUUGUAAGCGUAACUUUAUAUUAUUUUUUAUGCUGCGCAAGUGGCAGCAACGAUGCAGCCGGGAGGUAUUUCUUGACAGCUUAUUACGCUUUUUGGGGGAUUUUAGCAGGAGUUCAUGUUCAAAUGACAAAUCUUACUCUUCUGGAUCGUCACCUACUACCUCAGGGUGAUUAUCCGUGGGAGUUUAAAUCAACCAUUACGAUAUUGAUGGUGAUAUCUUUCGUUGCCUCAUAUAUGGAUUGUCUUCUUACUUUCUUCGGUUGUUGUCGGUGGUGUGACGGCAGUAAGGGCUCUUUGACAAGAAGAAUAGCAUAUCCAUUAUUUAUCUGGAAUUUGGUCUUCUUCGCCAUGAACAUAGCAAAAACUACACUCCCAAUAUCUCACCCUAAAGAGAGCUACAUUACAGUUGUUGCAAUUGGAGGUGGAUUUAUAUUAUUUUGGAUGGGUCUUAUAUCAAUACUACUGAUUUUUCUAUGUUGUGGUAUGGAUGAUGCCAUUAGAUCGUUGGGACGUUUGGUUCAAGUCGACGACUCUUCAAAUCGAGUACACCCAUAAUUAAACUAAUGUCGGUGUUAAACCGAUGUAACAACGGACGCAUGGAAGGAAGCGAGAAGUUCAAACACAAGGAAAGCACCAGGCACUGUUAAUGUGGUCGGAGACAGGACGUGACGCGACCAGUAGCAUAAUGAUAUUCAAUGACUGAUUACGAGUAGAUUUCUAUACUUAAUCGGUAAACGAGAGGACUAAACAUGAAAACGUGUAUACCCAUACAUACAGUACGAAGAAAAGAUAAAUUGCGUACAUGUAGUUUUACACAGUGAAUAGACUGUUCCAAACAGAUAC